CGGAACCAGGAGGAGCUGUUUUUGGGGUGUUGUGAAUUUGUGUUGCGAAGAAAUCUCGAGUGGGAGUUGUCGGGCUGAUUUGUUGUGCAUUUUGUCCGUCAAAAACGCACCGAUUACCGACGCGCCAGCCGCAGCCAUGCCCGGGAUAGAGAAGCUGCCGAUAGAGGAGACGCUGGAGGACAGUCCGCAGACACGCUCUCUGCUGGGGGUGUUUGAGGAGGACACUGCAGCCAUCUCCAGCUACUGCACACAGCUCUACCAGGCCAUGCAGAGGAUUUAUGAUGCACAGAAUGAGCUGAGUGCUGCAACACACCUGACCUCCAGACUACUGAAAGAGUAUGACAAACAGCGUUUUCCUCUAGGGGGCGAUGAUGAGGUGAUGAGCUCCACCCUGCAGCAGUUUGCAAAAGUCAUUGAUGAGUUGAGUUCCUGUCAUGCUGUCUUGUCCACCCAGCUUGCAGAUGCCAUGAUGUUUCCUGUUACUCAGUUUAAAGAGAGAGACCUGAAGGAAAUCCUCACGCUGAAAGAAGUCUUCCAAAUAGCCAGCAAUGAUCAUGACACAGCCAUUAACAGAUACAGCCGCCUAUCCAAGAGGAGAGACAACGAGAAAUUGCGGGCGGAGGCUGUGGAGGACGUCUACACCUCUCGCAAGAAACAGCACCAGACCAUGAUGCACUACUUCUGCUCUCUUAACACACUUCAGUACAAGAAGAAGACGGCUCUGCUGGAGCCGCUGCUGGGCUACAUGCAGGCCCAGAUCAGUUUCUUUAAGCUGGGUUCAGAAAAUCUCACCCAGCAGUGGGAGGACUUCCUGGGAACCAUAGGAACCAGUGUCCAAAAUGUGCGUCGUGAGAUGGAGGAGGAGGUUGGGCAGAUGCAGCAGACUAUCCAAGAUAUGGAGAGAUCAUGUGACCCUCUGUACGCACCGUGUGACCCUGACCCCGCCCACUCACCUGUCUGUCGCAACCUGACCAGGAAACAGGGCUACCUGUACAUCCGCAAUAAGACGGGGCUGGUUUCAUCAUCCUGGGAGCGUCAGUACUUCUUCACGCAGGGCGGUAAUCUGAUGCAGCAGGGCCGAGGAGAGGUGGCGGGCGGGCUCGUCACAGACCUUGACAACUGUUCUGUCAUGGCGGUUGACUGUGACGACCGCCGCUUCUGCUUCCAGGUCACUUCCUUCGAUGGCAAGAAAGUGGUGACGCUGCAGUCGGAGAGCAGGAAGGACUGCGAGGAGUGGAUCGCCACCAUCAACAACAUCUCCAAAAGGAUCUACCUGAGUGAGAACGCAGAGGAGCUGGCAGCCAGAGUGAACCAAUCCGCUCUUGAAGCCGUGACGCCAUCACCGUCCUUCCAGCAGAGGCAUGAGAGCAUGAGACCCAGCAGUAAAGGGCGUGUGGGCCGAGCAAGCAGUAUUAGCUCUGUGGGCUCGGAGCCUUCGCCAGCCCUGUCCGUGCUCUCUUUGGAUGCACUGGUUGCCCCGGAUACACCCAUCCAGUUUGACAUUAUUUCCCCGGUCAGCGAGGAGAACUCGGGACAGAACAAGACGGCAGCACAGUCCGGCAGAAGAAGUAAUCCAUUUGGAGAGUCAGGAGACAGCACAUCAGAAGACAGCGAAGACUCUAUCCUCCACCAGCUCUUCAUCGUUCGCUUCCUGGGCUCCAUGGAGGUGAAGACGGCGGAGUCAGCAGACGUCAUCUCUGAGACCAUGAGGCAGAUCAUGGCAGCCAGAGCCAUCCACAACAUCUUCAGGAUGACAGAAUCACAUCUGCUGGUCACCUGUGACUGCCUCAAGCUCAUUGAUCCUCAGACACAAGUCACUCGACUCAGGUUCCCUCUCUCCAGUGUGGUUCAGUGUUUGUCCCAUCAGGACAACAAGAGGCUGUUUGGUUUCGUUCUGCAGUCAGCAGGCGGGCGGGGUGACAGCCGAGCCGUCUGCUACAUCUUCGAGUCCAACAACGAAGGAGAGAAGAUCUGUGACAGCAUCGGUCUGGCCAAGCAGAUAGCCUUCCACUCUGAUAUGGACCGUAAGGCAGUGGAGAAGAGGAAGGAGCAGGACAAGGCCAAAGAGAAACAGCAGGAAGAACUCAGCAAACAGAGACAGAUAGAGAAGGAUCUGGAGGAGCAGAGCCGUUUGAUCGCCGCUUCGAGUCGCCCCGCUAACCCGCCAACAUCUGACGGACAAUUCUUAGUGCUUAGCAACAGCCAAUCAGAGGACAGCGAUGCCGGGGAGGAGGGGAAGAAGAAGGGCGAGUCUGAAGCCUAACAAAGCUAACGAGGGACGCAUGUUUUACCACCCAGGCAAGUCUCAGCUGGUACUGUCAAAACAACAGCUCAGGAAUCAGAGGAGGGGAACAACACCCGCCCGCCCAGGCUGCCUGGACACAAAGAACAUGUGCUCUCUCUCUGCUGGACUCUGUUUGUAGUUUGUGGUGGAGCUUGUCACUCUGAAAACGGAGAAUAAACUAAACGCACCCUCGCUGUAAGAAGGAGGGCAGUAGGCAUGGAAACGUCUCGUCAUGGACUUGGGUUUUAUUCUGUGUGUAAAAAUGCUGCUUUUUAUACCGGCUCCACAAAUAUAGAUUAACCUGUAAGUUUCUGUUUUUUAUGUUUAUUUUAUAAAAAAAAAAAUAGAUAACAGCAGUGACAGAGGAUUUAAAGAGACAGAUGUGCGGAAUAAUAAAUCAGGAUCUGAAGGAGACGUUGGGAGAAAACAUGCAAGUCAGAUUUAGACGGUGUCGGUGUUGGCUGUUGCUCAACUGCUCUUUGGCAGGAGAUGAAGGUUUCCCUCCACCAGGAGGUCCCAAAGGGCAGUAAGACACCUCAGUAUUGUUGGUUAAAGGUGUGAGAUACAAAAAGAGAAGAUGAAAGAGAGAGAGCAUGGAGUCUUAUUUUGAAGAGUCCUUCCUGUUGUGACGUGUUCAUCGCCUGACCAUGUUUCAAAGCAUCCUGCAGUGUCGUGGAUAUUUUUUAGUUCUUCCCUUCCUUCCGGGCAGUCACUGUUUUUCAUUAAUUUCACAGCAGAAUGAAAAAUAACUUGCAAAUUCUUGAAACUUCAUCAUUACAGUAGAGCUUCAACGAUUGGUCCAUUAAUCAAAAAAUGAAUACUUUGUUCAUCAUUUAAGAUAGUUUCAAGCAGAAAUGUUGAAGCUUUAAUGGUUCCAGCUUCUCAAAUGUGAGAAUUUGUGCUGGACGUUUUUGUUUGUUUGUUUUUUUUAUAGUUUUCAGAUGUUCUAUAGAUCAUUCGAUGAAUCCCCAAAAAUGACUAAAUCAAUAAUACAAAUUAUUGUUAGUAGCAGUCCUACGUCAUAGUCAUCAGGACUACUUUUAAAACAGCUGGACUGAUGGGAAAAGUCUUGCGUUGCCACAUUACUACAACAACAGCCGUGUCUCUGUUUUGUUUCGUGUAUUUCGAAACUCAAGUCAAGUCUCUGCGAGCUGAUUUUUUUCAGAUUAACUGAAGGCAGCUGCUUGGAAAGUGAAGAGAAACAUAUGUAGAGGUCAACAACAUCGUCCAGUCUGCAUGGAUUUGGUGAUUGCUGUAUUUGCUGAGGUAACUGUAGAAAAACAGAAAACAUCAUUAGCUCUGCUCUGUCCAGCACUGUCCCAUUUACCAUGUUGUCAGGGCUGGAGCCAGCAUGUCCACCACAGGACACCCUGAAGGUAGAAGGAAAAUCUUAAACCUUUUUUAAUUUUAAAGAUUUUUAUUCAAAAAGCUGCAAGUCAUGCCUCUUACAAAAUUAAUAUUUGCAUGGAAGUAGUGCUCAUUAAUGAGAAUCAUGUACCGUUUGCCUCUGACUAACGAUUUUAGAGAUGAGAGUUCUCCAUUUUGAAAACUGAAAAAAGUUUUAGCUCAACGUUUGCCUUUUCUUAUGAGCUGUAACAUUUCAUUCAUCCAGUAAACCCUUUAAACAUGUUUAUGUAUGUAAGGACCAGGUUUCAUAAAAACAAAUCUUCUUUGCCAAAUGAGUCUUUCUCCUGACAUCGCCAUAUUUAUCUUUGCUUUCACAAGUGUUUUCCACUUGUUUUAUUAAUCAAUCUGCCUUUUAUUCACAGUGAUUCACAGUGAUUAUCUGUAGAAAAACAGCUGAAUAAGCUUCACUUCCAGCUUCAUAGAUAAUACAUUUACGGGAUGUUAUAGGUCAGAGGUCACAGCCUUCUGACAAAAACAAACCUCCUCAGUCAGCUGUGGUGAAGUUAACAGGGUGAUGAAGUUUCUAAAAAUCUAAAUCAACAGUUACUGAUGAUGAUUUUAUUUUUAUGGUGUUUUUUUGGGGGGAGGAUGUUUUCUUUCUGUAACAAGGUGAAGGUGUUUGAUGGAGCUGCACUUUACUGACACAGGAAAACACGACAGGAUCGAUGAUGUUGAAAUCUAAAUAUGUUUCAGUGAUAAUUGUUUCAGUGUCAUGAAUUAUAAAAAGGAUUUUCAGUGAUAAAUAAAGCACUAACUCCA